AUGGCCCACGACAACACACAAGAUCAGCAAAACCUUACCAAAUACCAAGUAGAGGCGCAACAGGAGUACCAGGAUCUCUUGAACGAGGCGCCCGACGAGUGGGACUCACGGAUAGACAAGACGGGCUGCUUCGCAGAAAACAUGGCCCUUCAGCUCUGCCACGCAGACACCAACGACUGGAGGCAGUGCUUGGGAGAAAUGGCUAGCUUUAAGAAGUGCUGGGAGCAAAAAGGUAACAGAGAACGAGUGGGAACCAUCGACAGGUGA